AUGGUGAAACUACACGAGAUCGACGAGACAGCCAUCUUCGCAUGGUCCAAUGACGCCCUGCCGCUGAUUGCCACGGGCACGUUGUCCGGCGUGAUGGACGACACCUUCUCCUCCGACUCCAGCCUGUCCAUCUACGACCCGUUUGCCACGUCAGGAACAAAACAGGCCUCCGCUGUGUACACUGCGGCUGCGCCAGGGAAGUUUGCGUCCAUUGACUGGAGCAAGGCUGCGGAGGGCCACGUUCGAGGCGUGCUGGCGUGCGGUUUGGAGAACUCCUCGAUCCAGCUCUACGACCCGGCCACGAUCCUCUCGCAGAAGCCCGCCAACCUGGUUGACGCCAGGAUCGCCGAGUACACGAAACACACGACGCCGGUUCUGCAGGUGAAGUUCAACCCGCUCCAGUCGCACAUCUUGGCGUCCUCGGGGUCCAAGGGAGAGAUCUUCAUCUGGGACGUCAAGAAGGGCACCUCGUUCAACCCAGGCCAGGCGAUCUCGCCGAUGAGCAAGGUCUCCUCGCUUGCAUGGAACAACAACAUGGCACACAUCUUCGGUACUGCGGGCGACAACGGCUACACGUCGAUCUGGGACUUGAAAGCGAAAAGAGAGGUGUUGCAGUUGAACUACUCGAACAUCAACUUGUCUGUGAUAAAGUGGCACCCUAGCCAGAGCACCAAGUUGGUCACCGCCUCGGACUCGGACGGCGAGCCGGUCAUCCUCACCUGGGACUUGAGAAACUCCAGCGUCCCAGAGAAGGUUCUCAAGGGCCACAAGAAGGGCAUCUUGUCCCUCGACUGGUGUCUGAGCGACCCUAACUUGCUCCUCUCCUCGGGCAAGGACGACUCGACCCUGUUAUGGAACCCAAUCGAAGGUGUUCAGUUGGCCACAUAUCCCUCCUUGUCCAACUGGGUCCACGAGACGAAAUUUGCUCCAAAAAUCCCAGAAGUGUUUGCAAGUGCGUCGUUGGCAAAGAAGAUUUGCAUCCAGAGCUUGCAGGACACGUCCGAGCCUAUCUCCGCAAAGGUGCAGUCCAAGGACGAAAACGAUUUCUGGAACGAGAUCUCCACCACGGAGACCCAGCAACCUUUGUUUAAGGUCCAGCAGGCUCCAAUCUGGUUGAAAAGACCCAUCAGCGCAACCUUCGGUUACGGUGGUAAGCUAGUCAUUUCCAACAAGAAGGAAGUGAAGAUCGUCACAGUCUCCAACAAUGGUUCUAUCGACCAGUCGGCAAAAGAAAUGAUCACUGCAAUCUCAACCAAGGACUUUAGCAAUUUAUGUGACUCAAAAAUCAGCUCCGGCGCCAAUCUUAACUUGAAAGAAAGCUCCGAUUGGUCCCUGUUGAAACACGUCUUGACGGAUGAAUCUUUAGAAUCCUUAUUGAAAAUUGAGCCAUCGAGCCCAACCGAAACUUCUAGAUCGGACUCCACUGAGCUGAUCGACGACGACGACUUUUUCGCCCAAAUUGGCGACUCGAAGAAGAAAUCUGACUCUUCCGCUGCUGCUGCUUCCUACACUCCCGAAGGUAAGUUUGAUCUAUUUUCAGAGUCUUCUGACCAGUUUGAAAAAGACGCCGUUUCCCUCCUUUUGUCAAACAAGACGGACGAGCUUCUUGAUCUGUGUAUAGAAAAGGAUCAUAUACUAGAGGCUCUAAUCAUUGCUCUGAAUGGCUCUGAAGAAUCAAAGGACAAAGCCAAAAGCGCUUACUUCAAAAAAUACGCCAAGGACUCCUCUUUCGCAAGACUAUUGUACAGCUCAAGUGAAAACUCCAUUGGUGAUAUUGUGAAAAACGCAAACAUUUCCUCUUGGACACAGAUUGCCAAGUCGAUUAUCACAUUCUCUAAGGGAAAGGCCUCCUUCAACGUUGAGAUGAAAUUGUUAGGUGAUAGAUUGUUAGAUUCCAACCUUGAAAACUCCCGUGACUCAGCCCUAUCUUGCUACAUUGCUGCAGGGGCCCUUGAUAAAGUCUCUAAAGUCUGGUUUUCUGAACUGAGGGAUUACGAGAACUUCUUUUUGGCCACCAAAAAUGAUGAUGGUUCCAAGAACACUGCUUUUGAGGCAAGAUUCAAAGCCUUGGGUGAGGUCAUUGAGAAAAUUGUUGUUUUUCAAUCAAAAGCCUCAUCUUCCCUUUCGGGCGAUUUGUCAGAGCUAGGAAAAGCUUUUGUUGAAUAUGCAGACUCUUUGGUCAACUUCGGUCAUUAUGAGUUAGCUUACAAGUUGUUAAGCUUAGUGUCCGAUUCCAUCCCUGAAAUCAGAUUCGAAAAGGACAGAAUUUCAAAGGCUUUCAUCAGCAACCAACAACAACAACCACUACAACAGCCAGAAUCAAUUACAUCUUUUACUCCAAAUGACUCUGCGGCCAGACCAAAGAGAGCUAAAAAUCCUUACGUUCUUCCUGAAGCUAUAAGUGCACCAGUCCAGUCAAGUAACCCAUACCAGCCUAACAAUAUUUAUUCGGGAGUUCCUCCAAGUUCCACACCAUUGGACCAAAAUGUCAAUCUGGCUGCUCCUUAUCAACCAGGCAAUGGUGUAUCUACAGUUCCAAUGAAUGGCAUUUCUAACAACACUGCUAGAGCUAAUCCUUAUGCUCCAUCAACAGCUCUAGAUUCUUUGAAGAACCCACAAUCUUUUGCAACAUCUAACAACAAUGUUCCCGAUUAUGCCACCCCCCCACCAUUUAAAAAGGAAAAUGUUGUUCCUCCUUCGUUGAGAAAAGAUGUUGGUGGUUGGAAUGACUUGCCAACACAUCUGGCUCCAGUUAUAAAGCCCACUGCUACACCUCCAAACGCAAACGCUUAUAGACCUGCCGUUUCAAGAUCUGUGUCCCAGGCUCCUGCAAUUCCCCCACCUCCUGCAAGGCAAUCAUCUGGUCCGGUGGACUCUCCUCCAGCAGCAAAUCUUGUUUCAUCAAGAAUGUCUUCGUUCUCCAAGAACCCAUAUGCUCCAAAGCCUAGUGUCGCAGAACCGGUUAUUUCUCCAAUGUACCCUAAAUCACCGUUCGCCCCACAGCAGCCACCUGUUUUAGGGGCCUCUUCUGCCCCUGUGGCAAAUCAAUCGAAGAACCCGUAUGCACCAAAGCCAUCUGUCAACAAUGCAUAUGUUCCGGAAAAUGCAUACUCACCACAACCACCGCUACAACAAUCAUUCCAAAAUCAGCAACUUCCAAACACCAAUUUCAAUGCAAAGACCAUGCCACCUCCACCAGCAUAUGCGAAACCAGUCUCAACAACCGUAGCAACCCCACCUCCACCACCACCAAAAAAGCUCAACUCACCAGGUAAUGCACCACUGCCUGCUGCAACUCCAGCUACUUCAGCUACCCCAAGUGCCCAAUUACCGCCUGAAGCACAACCAAUCGUCUCUAUUCUCUCGGCAGAACUAGAAAAGGUCAGACCAAACAUCCCUGCAAAAUUCAGCAAGCAUUUAGUUGAUGCGGAGAAAAGGCUCAACAUUCUUUUUGAUCAUUUGAAAAAGGGCGAUUUGAUCACACCUCCUACCGUUGAAAAGUUGGUUAGUUUGUCGACUGCUUUAAAUGAAGGCCAGUAUGCCAAAGCUGCAGCUCUACGUGAUGAGAUCCUUGAUGCACAUUCAAAUGAAUGCGGAGACUGGAUGGUAGGUGUGAAUAGAUUAAUUGGUAUGGUAAAGGCAACCUCACAA